GGAGCAGAGCCGGCACCACCUCGCGCCACCACGUACGCGCCCCGGCCCGCCACUCCCCAGCCGAAGCCGCGCCGAGAUUUCUCAUUCCAUCUCCUUUCUCUUCCAUAGUUCACACCCCUCCGCCGUCCGCACGCGCGCACCUAAUUAAGCUACAAAACCCAGCCUUACACGGCAGGGGCACACGGCCAGUUUCUUGGCCUUCGCGGCACGCCACACCGGCACCGGAGCAGCUCUUCUUUUCAUCGGCGGCGGGGGCAGCUUAUCGGCUUAUCGCAGGACGUGCAGGGGGUGUGGGAGCUUGCGGUGCGGAGUACGCCGAAAAAUGGGCUGCUUGGGGUGGUUCAAGAGGCGGAAGCCCAGGAGCAGGAGGCGGGGCUCGUCGGGCCCGGCCACGACGACGACUUCGGCGGUGAGCACGAGCCGGUCGGACGACUCGGGGGCGGUGCGGCCGGUGAGCAAGUCGACGACGACGACGACGGGGUCGUCGACCGUGUCGCAGCGGAGCAUCACGGAGUUGUACGAGGAGCGGGGCCACGGCCAGCUGCGGGCGUUCGAGUUCGAGGAGCUCCGGGCCGCCACCAACGACUUCAGCCGCGCGCAGAAGCUCGGCGAGGGCGGGUUCGGCAGCGUCUACAAGGGCUACGUCCGCCCGCUCGAUGCCAAAGGGGACCGCAUCGCCGUCGCCGUCAAGCGGCUUAACCUGCGCGGUCUCCAGGGGCAUAAGCAAUGGUUGGCAGAAGUACAGUUCCUUGGGGUUCUUGAGCACCCUAAUCUUGUAAAGCUUCUUGGAUAUUGCGCUACUGAUGGUGAAAGGGGGGCCCAAAGAUUAUUGGUUUACGAGUAUAUGCCUAAUAAGAGCUUGGAAGAUCACCUGUUCAGCCGAAUUUAUUCUCCUCUCUCGUGGAAUAGAAGGCUUCAGAUAAUCUUGGGUGCUGCAGAAGGAUUGGCUUACCUGCAUGAAGGGUUAGAACUUCAGGUGAUCUACCGGGACUUCAAAGCGUCGAACGUCUUGUUGGACAAGGACUUCCAAGCAAAGCUAUCGGACUUCGGGCUAGCAAGGGAAGGGCCAACAGAAGGGAACACUCAUGUCUCAACUGCGGUUGUUGGGACGCACGGGUAUGCGGCGCCGGACUACAUUGAGACGGGGCACCUGACGGCGAAGAGCGACGUGUGGAGCUUCGGGGUGGUGCUGUACGAGAUCCUGACAGGGCGGCGGUCGCUGGACAGGAACCGGCCGCAGGGGGAGCAGAAGCUGCUGGAGUGGGUGGGCCAGUUCGGGCCGGACAGCCGCAACUUCCGGAUGAUCAUGGACCCCAAGCUCCGCGGCGAGUACUCCUCCAAGGCCGCCAGGGAGAUCGCCAAGCUCGCACAGAGCUGCCUCGUCAAGAACGCCAAGGAGCGGCCCGCCAUGAGCGAGGUCAUCGAGGUGCUCAGGCGGGCCGUGCAGGUCGAGCUAGCCGCCCCCAGCCCCGGCCCAGGGGACAAGCCCAACAGCGCCGGCAAGGGGAAGAGGGUCGACGUGGCACCGCCGUCGAGGAGAUGACUGAAUGUAUGUUGUCACGGAGAGUUUUCUUCUCUGUUUUUUAGGCGAGGUUUACGUGUAGUUAUGCGUACGCUAGUUUAGAUGAUUUGAUUUGGCGGAUUCUUGCUGGUGUUCCCCUCCCCCUUCUCUUGUGAGGCUUGUUUUGGAUGAAGAAUGAGUUAAUAUACGUAUAAAGAAUCCAAAUUAACCAUA